AUGCCAAGUGUGGCUGUAAAACUCUACAGCGUAUUCUUCAAGUUCCUCUUGAAGCACCGUUUACAAAACCGGAUUCAAGCCCAACCCGACAAUAACUCCAACUCGUUUGCGUCGCCACCAAGGAUAUCCACAUCGAUCCUUUCACUUCUCUCUAUCCGAAUCUUUCUUCCUCACUCCGCUCUUUCUCCUCCCGAGCCACAUUCCAAACCUAAACAACAUACUCCCGAACCUGGAUCUGUACGGAGAAGUAGCUAUGGUCCUCCGUUCAGGGAAGAGCAGCUCCGAGGGAGGAAUAGUAACGCUGUUGAGGGUUUGAAUUUGAUGGGAGCUGGUGUUGAAACCGGUGCUGGUUUGUACCGUGGUUACUCGCCGGCGUUGGAUAAUCGGUUGGCGCCGGAGAGUAGGUAUCUGGCUGCGUUUGAGGAUGGGUUGAAGGUGUUGAAUUGGUUGGCCAAGCAGGCGAAUUUGGCCGAGUGUAGUAAAUCUAUGGGGGUUGGUGGAGGAAGCCAUGGUGGUGGUGGUGGUGGGGAGUUUAACAAGGAUAAUCAUAGGAAUAUUGUUGAUUCUUUUGGUGCUUUAGUGGUGGAGCCUUGGCUGGCUAGUCAUGGAGAUCCAACAAGGUGCAAGCCAUACAUAGCUAUGAUUUGUCUUCAAUUUGGUUUUGCUGGUAUGAAUAUAAUAACAAAAGUAUCUCUCAACCGAGGAAUGAGUCACUAUGUUCUUGUUGUUUAUAGACAUGCUUUUGCUACAGCAGCUAUUGCUCCAUUCGCUAUAGUUCUUGAGAGGAAGAUAAGGCCAAGGAUUACGUUUCUUAUGUUCAUGCAAAUGUUUGUAUUGGGACUCCUCGGGCCUGUGAUUGAUCAGAAUCUAUACUAUGCUGGGUUGAAAUUCACAUCUCCAACAUACUCUUGUGCUAUUAGCAAUAUUCUCCCUGUAAUGACUUUUGUAAUGGCUGUUAUUUUCAGCAAAUAUGAAAAGGAGUCGCCAAUGUGA